AUGGUGAAAGUGGGUUUACAUGGCAUGGGUGGGAUUGGUAAAACCACGCUGGCAAAGGCUGUUUGCAAAGAACUUCCAUUCUCACAGUUCCAAGUGUUCUGUUUUGUUCCAAGCGUGGGAGAGAGAUGUCAAGAGACGAAUGGGCUUGUAAAGCUGCAGACCCACAUUCUCAAAGGUAUUUCACGGUUCAGAGGUGAAGUAGAACAUGUUGAUCAAGGCAAAGGUUUGCUAAAAGGCUGGCUGAGUGGCAAGAGAAUUCUGCUUCUCCUCGAUGACAUUGAAAGUGCUGAGCAGCUCGAAGCUCUCGCAGGAAAUUACAGGGAUUUCGGGGUAGGCAGCUGUGUGAUCAUUACAUCACGGGAUGAACACAUCCUGAAAGUGGCUAACGUUGAUGUAAUCUACGAGGUACGAAGGCUUGCUUACAAUCAUGCAAUGCAGUUGUUUAAUUUUCACGCAUUUCCCAAUUCCUGCUGUGCAGAUCAAGAGCUGCAAACUCUGAGCCAUGAUAUAGUCAGUGCCUGUGAAGGCCUUCCUCUUGCCCUCCAACUUGUUGGGAAAAGCCUGUUUAGUGAAGGGGAUAGAGAUGUAUGGAAAGAAAUGAGUCCUCACGCGUCUCUUAGAAGUCUCUUGCAAAAGUCCUUUGUAAGCUUUGGCUGUAGCAACGGAUUCCUGAUGCAUCGCUGCCUCCGGGAUUUGGGAAGAAGUAUAUCAAAUGAAAUAUCUAGAGAGCCUCGUAAACGCGCAAGAGUAUUUGAUGAGGACGAUGCGCACCAUGUUUUACGGCGACCCAGCUCGCUGAAAAAGGCCAAGCUUGUGCGUUAUUUUUCGUAUGAGCCCAAGGAGCCGAUGACAUUGAAGGCAGAAAUGUUCAAAUCACUGUACAAUUUGUGGUUUCUUCGGCUUGCAGAUAUUGGCAUUGAAGGGCACUUUUCUGAGGAAUUCUCCUUGGAGGAUUUGAGAUGGCUAAGCUUGAGAAAAUUUUCAUCAAAACGGCUACCUCAAGGAAUGAACUUGCGGAGCCUUGUUAUUCUGGAAGUGACCGAUAGCCAGAUCACUCAUCUGUGGGACGAAACGACAGAAGAUCCAACUAUGAGACCUGGGAAUCUUAAAGUGCUUAUUUUGAGGGGAUGCGCAUCCCUGGAGAGUCUUCCUGCCACACUUUGUUACACACCGUUGCAGAUGCUGGACUUGCACAAUUGCCAUUCAUUGAGCAGCCUGCCUAAUACCGUUGGAAGCUGGACCAGCUUAGUUACUCUCGACAUGGAAGGAUGCAGUGUUUGUUCUUUGCCUCAAGACUUUGGCGAUCUUGUGAAUCUGAAGGAACUCAAUCUCUCACGUUGUAAAAAUCUGUCUGUAAUUCCCGCUAGCUUUGGGAACUUGACUCGGCUAGAAAGGCUAGAGAUUCACCACAACGAUAAACUUACAGAACUACCCGACAGCUUUGGCGGCCUGAAAUCUUUGGCUCAUCUGGAUUUCAGCUAUUGCCAUUCACUGAGCAGUCUCCCUAAUACAGUGGGAAGCUUGAUCAGCUCAGUCUGUCUCGAAAUGGAAGAAUGCAGCAUUUAUUCUCUGCCUCAAAACCUGUGCAAUCUUGCAAAUCUUCAGGAGCUGAACCUUUCAUACUGUCAACAUCUGUCUAGACUUCCCGCUAACUUCGGGAAUUUGACACGGCUAGAAAGGCUACAAAUCCCCCGCAUUCCUGGGCUUACAGAGCUACCCAACAGCUUUGGCGGCCUGAAAACUUUGGCUUAUUUGGAUGCCAGCUAUUGCGGACUGACAGACAAUGGACUACCAGCCACAAUAUCCGAACUGAGUUCACUGAAAAUCAUACAUCUUGAAGGUAACAGAGUCUGCCGUCUUCCUAGCGGCUUGGAAAAGUUAACACAACUCGAAGAGCUGCAUGUGGACGAUUGCAGAGAACUUGCCGUACUGUCGGCGCUUCCAUCAUCGUUGCAACUGCUCUACGCCCGCAACUGUUUCGGUUUGAACACAAUCUGCUGCCUUCCGGCAUUGCCAAGCCUAAUGACAUUAGAUGUUAGCAAGUCCUGCCACCUCACUCAAUUGCAUGGCCUGGUAUCGUUGAGGCAAUUAACCACGCUCAAUCUUGUGGGCUGCAGUGGUAUCUUUUCUUGUGGGGUUCUCGAAAGCUGUUUGACUGGUCUCACAGCUCUCGAGUGCGUUUUUGUUGGCGGGCCCGGUGUCUCAUCAGCUCAAUUACAAAUUUUUUAUGAUUCCUACAAGGACUUCUCUUUCAGGGAAAAUUGUCUCCUGGCUAAUCUAGACACUCCCGUAAAUUGGCUACAAGGGGAGGCAUGUGGACAGGACGGCUAUAGCAUCCAUUAUUGCACGGAGAAGAAUAAAGUUGAGAAUUGUGCAGGAUAUAUUGUUUGUUUAGUCUCCUCUCGCCAAGUCCAAAUACGUGAGGAUUGUGGGGUAAACCCAGGUAUUAACAGGCUGAGCUACACAAUUGAGAGGGAUGAUAGUUUACUUAAAUGUCCAGUGAACCAUCAAAACUCAACCAUAGAUGGUGGUGAUUACUUGGAAGUGCGUCUUGUACGAGCAGACACCACGCCAGACUUUGCUUGGUUGAAGGGAGGUAAUAAAGUGAGGGUGAAUGCAAGGUCUGAUUAUGAGAAUUGGAAGGCAUCUUUUAAAUUUUUAAUGUAUGAAGAAACUAUGCCUUCUCAAAAACAGAAGCCUCCCAAAAUGAUCACUUUUGUUAUGUAA